UGAGUGGAACCAGGGCAACUUUUAUUGAAAUAGAAUACAAUCUGGUGUAACGCAAAUAUACUUUCGACCCUCAAGUUUGAUGUUUGGCCCUUUACAGUUGUCCCUUUUAAGCGUUUGGGACAAAGAUCUAGCUGGUAGUGGUAGCGAUCAUGGCCGCACGGUGGCGCUGGUUAUCAGCCUGUUCGAACUCAUCCUCCUCCUGAACUUUUCCUCCUGGCUCAGUAAUCUGACACCGGCACGAACCCGGGGAACAGAGGAUGGAUUCCCGACUUCACAUCAGCACAAAAAACACGCAGGAGGAGAGACAUUGAGGAAGCGUGUGUGUGAGUGUGUGUGUGUGUGAGUGUAUGAGUGUGAGGAUCAGGGUCAGGGUCAGGGGGGUUUCAGGUCUUUUUCAGCUGCUUGUGUUUCUAAAUGCGCUACAGAAAGUUUGUCCCUCAAGCUGCCUAUGGGUGACGACCACCACUCUCAGCGCUUCCAUGCGAGGAGACGAUGAAGAAUCACAACGGCGGACACAGACUCAACCACCACCCGGCUGCGAGUCACAGCACCAGGGAUCGGAGCGGGAGAAAGCCUGGAGACUGGCUGUCGGCCCUGUGGCUGCGCUUCUCGCUGCGGGACUAUGGCUUCUGCAUGGGCGCGCUGCUGCUCUUCUGCCUCGCCUCGCUCUUCUACCAGUUUAACGGAGGACCUCCGAGGCUCCUGCUCGACAUGCGCCAGUAUCUCGGAGAAUCUACAUUUAUGGACGAUCACGGUCCCCCUGUCCCAAAGGUGCUGCCAUUUCCCAGUCAGGUGAUCUAUAAUCGAGUAGGCAAGUGUGGCAGUCGCACUGUGGUGUUGCUCCUCAGGAUUCUGGCUGAGAAACACCAGUUUAAUCUGGUGUCCUCCGACAUCCAUAACAAAACCAGGCUCACCAAGCUUGAGCAGAUGGAGUUGAUGAAGAACAUCAGCACGAUCCCUCAGCCCUUCCUCUACACCAGGCAUGUUCACUUCCUCAACUUCACCAGGUUCAAGAUGGAGCAGCCUGUCUACAUUAACAUCAUCCGAGACCCCAUUAACCGCUUUCUCUCCAACUACUUUUUCCGCCGCUUCGGAGACUGGAGGGGCGAGCAGAAUCACUUGAUCCGCACGCCUCGGAUGAAGGACGACGAGAGAUACCUGGACAUUAACGUGUGCAUCAUGGAGAACUUUCCGGAGUGCUCAAAUCCUCGCCUUUUCUACAUCGUGCCGUAUUUCUGUGGUCAGCAUCCUCAGUGCAGGGAGCCCGGGGUUUGGGCACUAGAAAGGGCAAAACAGAACGUCCUGGAGAACUUCCUCCUAGUGGGAAUUUUGGAGGAGCUGGAGGAUGUGUUGCUCCUGCUCGAGAGACUGCUACCUCACUACUUCGGCGACGUGCUGAACAUCUACCACAGCCCAGCUUUCUGGAAGGUGGGUAACCUGACAGGCACAGUGAAGAAGCACAUGCCCACGCUGGAUGCCUUACAGGUGCUGUACCGCCGCAUGAGGUACGAAUACGACUUGUACUACUUUGUGCGCGACCAGUUCCACCUGGCCAAGAAGAAAAUCGGCCUCAAGUCGAAACGUCCGAGCUCAGCCCGAGAGCCCGACUUCCUGCGAGAACUCGCUCUGCGAACGAACGACCCACUGGACGAGGACGAUGAAGAUGAGGAGGACGAUACUGCUCUGGAAGAUGCCAACAAUUGGUUGGUGCAGCCUUGAAUGUUGGCACAAAGAAUUGAUAUCUCCUAGAACUCAAGUGGAGAUAGCAUUCCAAAGAGCACUCACAUUGUAUGUGUGUGCGCUUGAGUGUUUGUGUGAUUGUGUGGUGUGUUUGUGUGUGUGUGUGUGUACGUACACAUGAUCAUGUGAUACCCGUAUUUUUAACGGGGGAAUUAAAAAUCCACCAGGACAGCUUAAGUGCAUGGAUGGGCCUAAUUUAAUAUAUUCAAAACAUGACAAAAGACUGUGUACAAAUGAAUUUAUCUUUUGUCAUUUUUUUAUUAUUAAGAAUGCUUUUUGCUUUGUUUAAAAAAAGAAAAAUUUAAGAAAAAAAGUGGUUUGGUCAUUUGUUAUACCCGGUUUUAGAGUCGCUGUUGGGUUUGGAACGGAAGGACAUUUGCAGUUGUUAUUAUGGUAGACCAACAUUCGGAAGAGAGCAGAAAGUUCACAAUCUCUGGGUUUGAUUUCAGAUAAAAUUUUAAACAUUAAACCUUAAAAAUGCCUUCACAUUUAGUGCGUUUCAUUCCUCUAUACAUGAGGAGAAGAGGAUGCGUGCUUGUUAUAAAAAUGUUCCUGCGUUCUCCAGUAAAACACUACCUAGGUUCAGGUUUAUGUAUGAUAAAUACUCUGUUUUAGCGAGUUGUACCUCAGGAAACCCUUUUUUUUAACUGCAUUUAUUACAGAUUCCUAAUAAAUAUAAAACAAAAUAAAGCACAAAUCAUUCUGCAAUAUUACAAAACAUUCAAACCAAUAAAGCCUACCGAUAUUUCA